AUGACCACCUCUCUUUUCCGGUCAACUGUCGGCGGCAUCCUUAGAGUUCGUGCUGCUAGAAUGUCAGGGGCUGCAGGAGCCCGCUUGAUCACGACUAAAGCGACCCUCCCUGACUUAUCAUACGACUACGGUGCCCUCGAACCCUCCAUCUCUGGCAAAAUCAUGGAACUCCACCACAAAAAGCACCACCAAACCUACGUAAACUCCUACAAUGAUGCCGUCGAGAAGCUGGCCGCCGCGCAGGAGAAGGCCGAUAUCAAAUCCCAGGUGGCUUUCCAGGGCCUGACCAAUUUCCAUGGCGGUGGCCACGUCAAUCACACCCUCUUCUGGGAGAACUUGGCUCCCAAGAGCGCUGGAGGCGGCGAGCCGCCUGCCGGUUCUCUGGGCAAGGCCAUUGAUGAUGCCUUCGGCAGCUAUGAUAGAUUCAAGUCUACGUUUAACACCGCGCUGGCGGGUAUCCAGGGGAGCGGGUGGGCGUGGUUGGUUGAAGAUAAGCAGACUGGGAAGAUUGCAAUUAAGACUUAUGCUAACCAAGACCCCGUCAUUGGUCAAUUCAAGCCCCUCUUGGGCAUUGAUGCUUGGGAACAUGCCUACUAUCUCCAAUACGAAAACCGCAAAGCAGAGUACUUCAUUGCCAUCUGGAACGUGGUGAACUGGAAGGCUGCUGAGAAGCGAUUUGCUUAA